AUGGCGCUCAGGAAGAAUUUCGGUUGCUUAUGGAUCUUAGGUCUGUGUCUAGUAACCAGCAGAUGCUCUCCCCAAGUCCCAUCCAUCUCCGAUCAGGGGUUUAUAGACCAGUGCGUCAAGGCCCACAAUGAUUUCCGUGGCCAAGUCUCGCCCAGUGCUGCCGACAUGAAAUACAUGACUUGGGAUGAAGGUUUAGCAAAGACUGCUAAAGCAUGGACAAGAGGCUGCGUAUUCAAACAUAACACCUGUUUAUCGAAAAAAAAUGGUUGCCAUCCAGACUUUCAAUUUGUUGGAGAAAAUAUCUGGUUAGGUGGAGUAGGCACAUUUAAUCCAAGAAAUGCCAUUACUUCUUGGUAUAAUGAAGUUAAAUUUUAUACUUUUAGAAAUAAUUCAUGUUCCAAAGUUUGUGGCCAUUAUACACAGGUAGUUUGGGCCAAUUCAUAUAAAGUUGGUUGUGCAAUUACAAUUUGUCCUAACCUUGGGGGAAGAAAUACUGGACUUUUUGCAUGCAACUAUGCACCACCGUAA